AUGAGUCAGUCAAUAAGUGUUGUGAAAACAUGUCGUGUAUUGAGUUUACGGUUAACGAAAAAAAAUGUUCAGUGUUUGGUGCUGGUGUUCUCCUGUCAUGGCUGGGAUAUAACUACCAUCGAAGGCGUCGGGAACCGUCGCAACGGUUACUCCGACAUCCAGAAGCGGUUCAGGGCAUUCAACGCCACGCAAUGCGGAUACUGCACGCCCGGCUGGAUCAUGAAUUUAUAUAGUUUACAGGAUAAACAUCUCACAACAGCUGAACUGGAGAGAUCGUUCGGCAGUAACACGUGUCGAUGUACAGGAUACAGACCUAUAUUGGACGUGAUCAAGUCAUACGCAGUCGAUGCCAGCCCUGAGUUACUACAGAGGGUGAAGGAUAUAGAAGAUUUAGAAACAUGUGAUAGGAAAUCGAGUAAUUGCCAAAGAAAAUGUUCAACGCAUAGCAUCGAUAGUGACUGGAGCGUAAUUGAGAAUUCAUUACCUAGAUGUGAAAAAACUAUAGUUUUAGAUUUCGGAAAUGAAAUAAUGUUUAAAGUUUUCGAAGAAAAAGAUAUUUUUGAAAUAUUUCAUGAACAUGGUGUAGAUUCUUAUCAACUCGUUGAUGGAAAUACUGCGAAAGGUAUCUAUGAAAAUUAUGAAUAUCCUCGCAUACUAAUAGACAUUAGCAAUGUGAAAUCGCUAAAAGGAUAUAAAUGUGAUCAGAAUCUGAUUCUCGGAGCGAACACAUCAUUGGAGGAAUGUAGGAAAAUAUUUCAGGAUGUAGCGCUGUCUAAUGAUGAUUUCAGUUAUCUGUCUGAGUUUGCUAAACAUUUUGAGAACGUGGCUCAUAUAUCCGUAAGAAAUAUCGGAUGUCUGGCCGGUAACUUGAUGUUGAAACACAGUAUGCCGUCGUUUCCAUCGGAUGUGUUCUUGCUUUUGUCUGCGGUUGGUGCAGUUAUUACUGUCAGAAAUUCAAAGGGCCAGAUAAAUAAUAUAAAAAUGUCACAAUUUCUCAGUUAUAAUAUGCAAGGAGUAUUGAUACAGUCCAUAUUGUUACCUCCUUUAGGUGCUUUAAGCAUUUUUAAAAGUUAUAAGAUUAUGCCGAGAAAUCAGAAUGCUUUAGCUAUUGUAAAUGCAGCAUUCUUACUAAAUAUGGACAAUAACAGAAUAAUAAAGGAAGCUACUUGUGCGUUUGGUAAUAUUUCGACGGAAUUUAUUUAUGCUAAUCGUACUAAUAUAUAUUUGCGUAAUAAAAAUAUUUUUAAUAAUAAAAUAUUACAAAGAGCUAUCAAGGAAUUGAAUGACGAAUUACGCCCAAUUGAGUAUACUCUGUAUUCGAAAGAAACUCGCAAGAAACUAGCAAUUGGGAUAUUUUACAAGUUCAUUUUGAGCAUUGCACCGUCGAGUUUUAUUGAUCCUCGCUAUAGAUCUGGACGUGAGUUGCUGCAUCGUCCGAUUUCUCACGGAACUCAGUCCUAUCAAACAGAUUCUUCGCUAUAUCCUAUCAACCAGCCUCUUCCCAAGUUAGAAGCAUUACUUCAGAGCUCAGGGGAAGCACAAUUUGUAAACGACAUUCCGUCAUUUCCUCUAGAAGUAUUUGGCGCUUUUGUUUUAUCCACAAUACACGUUGGGCAAAUUGAUUCUAUAGAUACAACUGAUGUUUUGAAUAUAGACGGCGUUCUAGCUGUAUACACUGCGAAAGAUAUUCCGGGAAUAAAUUCUUUCAUACGGCCGGGGGUACAACAAGAGAAAGUAUACGAAGAGAUUCUUGUAAGCAGUGAUGUUAAAUAUUAUGGUCAACCAUUAGCCAUCGUUGUGGCAAUAACACAAACACUAGCUGCAACUGUUGCUAAAAAAGUUAAAGUAACAUAUAAAAAUAAAAGUUCCUGCGAUCCCGUAAUCACUAUAAAUAAAGCUAAAAAAGAUAGCAAAAGAUAUGUGCCAGCCGAUGGUGGUCUUAAACCUAAAGGUCGUGGUAAUAAUGUUACAAAUAUUGUAAAAGGUUCAUAUGAAAUUGAAACACAAUAUCAUUAUUAUAUGGAGCCAAUAACUUGCGUCGUGGUGCCAGUAGAUGAUCGACUUGAAGUAUAUGAUUCUACGCAGUGGAUGGAUCUAAGUCAAAUGGGAAUAGCGCAAUGUUUGAAAAUGAAAGAAAGUCAAAUAUUAAUGAAAGUGCGUCGUUGUGGUGGUGCAUUUGGCGGCAAAAUUAGUCGAAAUGUACAAGCGUCUACAGCUUGCGCUUUAGUCGCUCGGAAAAUGGCAUUGCCGUGCCGUUUCAUAUUGCCAAUACAAACCAACAUGUCCAUUUCCGGUGGGAGGUUUCCAACACAAUGUAAUUAUGAGGUAGGUGUGGAUGCUAAUGGGAAAAUUCAGUACUUACAAGCAAUGGUGGUGCAAGAUCAGGGCUACUCGUUUAAUGAUUUUCUCCUUCAACCUUUUGUGGGAGGUUUCCCAAAUUGCUAUAAUUCUGAUUACAUGAGCUUGAAAGUGGCUUCUGUGUUUACCGAUUUGCCUUGUAAUACCUUUGUACGAGCGCCAGCGACAUCAGAAGCUAUUGCUUGCAUAGAGAACAUAAUGGAACAUAUAGCAUAUGUUGUAAAAAAGGAUGCCAUAGAUGUGCGUCUAGCCAAUAUGAGAAAAGAAGAUAACGAUUUACCACAACUCAUAGAUAUAUUAAGAAAAGAAGCUGACUACGAUGCUCGAGCGAAAUUAAUUCAAGAGUACAAUGAAUCGAAUCGUUGGGUAAAGAAAGCUAUACAUAUCAGUCCAAUGAUUUUUCCAGUUAUUUACAUUGGUAUGUUUUCAGCUAUGGUGUCUAUAUAUAGAGAUGGUACAGUGACAGUCACUACUGGUGGAAUAGAGAUAGGACAGGGUCUGAACACCAAAGCAGCACAAGUAUGCGCACACCAAUUAGGUAUUCCAUUGCAAUACAUAACUAUAUUACCAAGCAUGUCUUUCGUAGCUGCUAACAACGUUUGCACAAGUUCAAGUACAUCAAGUGACAGCGUGUGUUAUUCUAUAAUAAAAGCUUGCGAAAUAUUAAACAAGCGAUUGGAACCAGCAAGGAAGCAAUUGACAAAUCCUACAUGGGAACAGGUUGUCUGGAAGGCAGGGGAAUUGUUGGUAGAUCUGACUGCAACUUAUACGACGUCUCAAAAAGAUUUGCCGAAUUAUAAUACAUUUGGUGUAGCCAUUCUAGAAACACAGUUAGAUGUUCUAACAGGGAGAUAUCAGUUGUUAAGAGCAGAUAUAUUAGAAGACGUAGGAUUAAGUGCCAACCCAGAGGUCGAUAUUGGUCAGGUUGAAGGAGCUUAUAUAUAUGGUUUGGGAUAUUUUACGAGUGAAAAGAUUAUUUACGAUAAACAAACAGGCAAAAAACUAACUAACAGGUCUCUAACAUACCACGUACCUCUGGCCUUAGAUAUACCAGCAGAUUUCAGGGUUAUGCUUCGAUAUAAUUCUAAAAAUCCGAAAGGUGUGUUAGGGUCUAAAGCUGUUGGUGAAAUGGGCGUUUGUACUACUAAUGGAGUGACACAUGCUCUAAGGAAAUGUAUAAUGGAAUCGAGAAAGAAUUCUGGAUACGACCCUACAGAGUGGAUAAAUAUAGAUAAUCCAUUCACUACGGAUUCUAUACUAAAAGCAUUAGACGUUAAAUUAGAGGAGUUUGUUUUCAAGCUAUGA